CUUUGGCUAAGGGAAUAAUUAUACUGCCUGCCUCCUUGACGUGACUGCAUCAACCUCCAUCUUCUCCACUUCCUCUGGAACUCGUGUUGCACCUUGCAGGAGAGGGCCAGAGUCCAGGAAGCAGGAUUGGAGGCGUCUGGCAGAUGUGUCUGCUCCUACCACUGUGGCAGUUCUCAUCCAACAGCCAGAGAAAAUGCAGUCAAGGCAUCUCCAUGAGGCCAUGUCACAAAUCAUGAUGGGGUCCCAAAGAAGACAGGUGAAAGAAGCUGCGUUUGAAAACAAAGUUCAUCAGGAUGUCCUGGAGGAGAAAGCUAAUCAUCUAGCAUGGCAGGUUCACCGUGGGAAGGACCCUGUUUCCCCACAAACCAAAAGGCAGAUUUUGGAGGAAAGAAAUAUUGUGAAUCGGGAAUUUAAGGGAGAAACUGGUCAUGAGGAAGACUUUGUCAGGAUCCAGCCUUGGCUAUCUACAGGACGUGUUCAGCGAAGUCAAGACGAGCUUCCUGUCUGUGUUCCACUGUACCCUGUCUACCACAAGAGCUCCUUUGAAACCAGACACAAAGGUCGUUGCCUUUUUCAGCAGGCAGCACGUAAGGUUCUUCUUCGCUGCCGUAUGGAGUGCAUGCUUGCAUCUCUGAGGCCAGUAGUUCAGAGUAUGAAGAGACUGUCCAGUGCAAAAGCAGGAGUCAUCUCCCUGACCCGAGUUCCAGAUGAGAUGGAAGUUCCACUAAAAUUGUCCCAAGAUAACUUCCUCCCAUUUACAUUUCCUUUGGAAAUUCUCCCCAGCCAGGAUACAGCUGCUUUGGGUGUUGUGUCUGUGACGCUUAACAACGCUCAGCCUGAAAUUCAUAUUCCCUUCUUCCGGCUGAAGGUACCUCUUCUAUACAAGCUGAAGGGGUAUAAACCAGUCUCUGCCUUUGAAGCCUUCACAAGCUUUGUUCCCCAAAGCCUGGCAAGACCACUAAGAACUGGAGCUCAGGAUGAGCUCUUGCCCCCAGUAAUCAGGCCUUCUGAGUAUGACCUUGAAGACCAAGAAAAGAAUGGGACUUCUUCAUUAUUGGAGGGAAGUUCUUACCUGACAUUUACAGCCCCUACAGCCAUAUUCUGCUCUCCAGAUGCACACCCACUUAGAGUCUUUAACCCUGCCCCAGGACUACAUGAAUUCAAGCCACCACUCCCAUAUCUGGAAAGCGAACUUGAUUUCUACCUGUGCCCACUUCUGAGGGGCAUCUCUGCCAAGGGAACAGGCAACACUUAUUCACUUAGAAGUCAGAAGAAAUUCUUGGACAAAAUGGUAAAUCUCAAAGAGCAGGAAGUAAUCCGUGGUGUGAUGACUUGGAAAAAGUUUGAGUCAGCAGUUUUAUCAACUCUGUCCAGCAGCUCCCCUGAGACCACUGCUUGGGUCCCAUGCAUGUCUGACCUCUUUAAUGAAGAUAUACUCCCUGCAAUGGCACCUCCUCCAAUGGAAAGAAUACCUGAGGAUCUGAAGGAGGAUUUGCAAGAUGGGCUGAGCACAAAUGUGGGUUUUACCUCUGCGAUGGUAAGAGCUAAAUUUCCUCUUAUUGAAAGACACCAGCCCAGACAACUCAAACUGGAAACAGUUAAAGAUGAAAGCACCUUCUUUUUGCACAGAAUAAAGAAACACCAACAACUAGAACCAAGAUCUCAAACAAGUAAUCUGGGACCUAGAGUGGAGGCGAGGCUGAGCCAAAUGAAGGUCAUGGUGACUUCAUCUGUGAAUUAUUAACCUAGGAGUGAAAAAGGUUGUAUCUACAGACACCAUGUGUGUGCGCUAGAGAAUAUAUACCUUUCCUAGUGGCAUAAUUGACAUAUCAUCUUGGAAAAAAUAAAUAAAUAUUGAUAGGCAUAAUGUAUAUCACAAUGUAAAUUUUGUUAAUUUAAUUUAACAGUAUGUUGACAGUUGACAUGUUAUUGUUGUCUUGUGUAUUGCAAUGCAAGAUCAUCUCACAGAGGUUUCAUCUACCAGCUGUCUAGCAUACAUAAAAAUAUAAGGAUUCAUGUAUAUUCAUGUGUUACGUGCGGAGCCCGUAGCUGCACUCCUUGUGUGUGGGUUAUGUGUGUGUCUGCAUGUGCUGUGCACGCACACUUCAGUUGUUUUUGUUAAAAGGGACAGUGCUCAAUACUCUGGCAGACAAUCAUAUCCAGCCUGCUUCUGUCACCCAAUCGUCGCACUAAUCUGUUCACAUUAUGCAUCUCCAUCGGCCAACCAUCGUGCUGGAGAGGAGGAGCUGCCGUCUUAAAUCUUGCCCGGGAAGCCUAGGGAGGAGUUAUGGCUAUUUUUCUGCUGCAUGCCAUUUGUUAUAUUCACGUUUGUCAUGGCUUGUUGAGUUUUGGUUUGGAGGACUGGACAGGGAAGCAGGGGCGCACCUAUAUAUUGCACAAAGUAGGUUCAACCCUGUGUUGAGACGCCCUAGGUAAAGGGGCGGGCGCAACCUCCUCUGUUUUAUGUUUUCAUAGGUAAGGUUAGAAUAGUUGGACGAGCCUUGUUAGGGAAGCUGUUUGGUUUUAUUGUGUUCUUUCUUUUUGCGCCGUCCACAGUCCAAUUCCCCUCUCCUUUUUUUUUGCGAGUUUUGUGUUUAAUGACCUGCAUUGUUCCCUUUGUUUUUCCUUUGACAACCGGUUGUGUAUUUCCGGUGAAAUAAAUUUCCUUUCUUUUAC